AUGGCUUGGGCAACAGUAACGCUCCCAAUCGUCGCCCUCUGUCUCUGCAUCAGGACCGCCCACGCCAGAAACCACUUCUCCUCAGGCUCCAUCUAUGGCUCAAUCUUGACAAACCUCUUCACAAACCUUGAUCUCAUCAGCUGCCCCCUUGACGGAACGAGUCUACCACAAUCCACACUCCCAGAACCCUCCGAAGGUCUGUCUCUGCAAUACCUGACUCUGGGCCGGGGUACGCAAAACUACACCUGCGCAACAAAUACAAACACCUCAACCCCUGAAGCCACAGGUGCAACCGCCACGCUAUUUGACGUCUCCUGCCUUGCAGCUCUCGAUGUCGACACUGACUCCGACGGUCCCGAGUCUCAGGGCCAGUCCCUCCUCGACCUCCUGCCGGACGUGCUACGAUCCGUCCCACUGGGCAGCGCAGACUUCCUCACCAGCCUCAUCACCCACUUCACUGGCCAGAAUCUCGUCAUCGGCACACAUUAUUUCACCAAGGACGGAGUGCCCUUCUUCGACUUCCGUGGUUCGUCCUCGGACAACUCGAGGUCGACCACUGAUUCCUGGAUCGCUGCAGCAAAGGAUGAUGAGAUGGAUGCCCCGGCGAAGCCUGGGUACGGCCUUACCGGAGAUGUGGCGUGGUUGAAGCUGAUGCGGGUUGAGGGUGGAAUUAGUGAGGUGUACCGACUACAUACGUCUGGAGGUGCAGCGCCUGCUACGUGCCAGGGUAUGCCCGAGGUGUUUACGGUGGAUUAUACUUCGCAGUACUGGUUCUACGGAUAA